AUGGCGGCAGAUGAUACAAAAGUAGAUAGGUCAGAUCCCGAUUUAAAGUUUUUGUCUGUCGAUAGGAAUACUUUCAAUGACCCAACAACGCAAGCUGAGUGGACCCAAAAACGUUUGGUUUGGGUCCCUCACGAAACUCAUGGAUUUGUGGCUGCCGGAAUCAAAGGAGAGCGAGGUGAUGAAGUUGAGGUUGAGAUAGUUGAAACCGGCAAAAAGCAAUUUGUUGCUAAAGAUGAUAUCCAAAGAAUGAAUCCUCCAAAAUACGAUAAGGUGGAAGAUAUGGCAGAUCUUACUUGUUUAAAUGAAGCAUCUGUUCUGCAUAAUUUGAAGGAUAGAUAUUUUUCUGGUCUUAUAUAUACUUAUUCCGGACUUUUCUGCGUUGUCGUUAAUCCAUAUCAGAGACUUCCCAUUUAUACAGAAAAAAUUAUGGAAAGAUAUAAAGGAAUAAAAAGACACGAAUUACCACCGCACGUUUUCGCAAUAACGGAUACGGCGUAUCGAUCUAUGUUACAAGAUCGAGAAGAUCAAUCGAUUCUUUGUACGGGAGAAUCGGGAGCUGGAAAAACUGAAAAUACGAAAAAGGUUAUACAAUAUUUGGCAUACGUAGCCGCAUCGAAGCCUAAAGGUUCUACCACGCCACAUACGGGGGAGUUGGAACAACAGCUGCUCCAAGCAAAUCCAAUCCUUGAGGCCUUUGGUAACGCAAAGACUGUUAAAAAUGACAAUUCAUCUCGAUUUGGUAAAUUCAUUAGAAUUAAUUUUGAUGCAUCAGGAUAUAUAGCAGGUGCUAAUAUCGAAACUUAUCUAUUGGAAAAAUCUAGAGCAAUAAGACAAGCUAAAGAUGAACGUACUUUUCACAUUUUUUACCAACUGUUGGCUGGUGCUUCCUCCGAUCAAAAACGCGAAUUUAUUUUGGAAGACCCUAAAAAUUAUCCUUUUUUGUCAUCCGGUCUUCUUCCCGUACCCGGCGUUGAUGACGCAGGGGAAUUUCAACAAACUUGCAAUGCAAUGACAAUAAUGGGAAUGUCCCCAGAAGAUUUUAGUGCCAUUUUCCGAAUUGUUUCUGCUGUGAUGUUAUUUGGAUCGAUGCAGUUCAAACAGGAAAGAAAUUCAGAUCAAGCAACUUUACCAGAUAAUACGGUUGCUCAAAAAGUUGCCCAUUUGUUAGGUCUUUCCGUCACAGAUAUGACAAAAGCAUUUUUAAAACCUCGAAUUAAAGUCGGCCGGGAUUUUGUUACUAAAGCUCAAACAAAAGAACAGGUUGAAUUCGCGGUCGAAGCAAUUUCUAAAGCUUGUUACGAGAGAAUGUUCAGAUGGUUGGUCAACAGAAUUAAUAGAUCUCUUGAUAGAACCAAACGUCAGGGAGCUUCAUUUAUCGGUAUUCUCGACAUGGCGGGUUUUGAAAUAUUCGAUUUGAAUUCAUUCGAACAACUUUGCAUUAAUUACACGAAUGAAAAACUCCAACAAUUAUUUAAUCAUACAAUGUUUAUUUUGGAACAAGAAGAGUAUCAGAGAGAGGGAAUCGAAUGGAAAUUUAUAGAUUUCGGAUUGGAUUUGCAACCUACAAUCGAUUUGAUCGACAGACCCAUGGGUAUCAUGGCUUUGCUCGAUGAAGAAUGUUGGUUUCCCAAGGCAACUGAUAAAACGUUUGUCGAUAAAUUAAUUAGCGCUCAUAAUGUUCAUCCGAAAUUUAUAAAAACGGAUUUCAGAGGAGUGUCCGAUUUUGCUAUCAUGCAUUACGCCGGAAAAGUUGAUUAUUCUGCUUCGCAGUGGUUGAUGAAAAACAUGGAUCCGCUAAACGAAAACGUUGUUUCGCUUUUACAAUCUUCUCAAGAUCCAUUUAUCGUUCACAUCUGGAAAGAUGCUGAAAUCGUUGGAAUGGCUCAACAAGCUUUGACCGACACGCAGUUUGGAGCGAGAACGAGAAAGGGAAUGUUUAGAACCGUUUCUCAAUUAUACAAAGAACAGCUAACAAAAUUAAUGGUCACGUUAAGAAAUACAAAUCCCAAUUUUGUACGUUGUAUCAUUCCUAAUCAUGAAAAACGAGCUGGUAAAAUUGAUGCUCCCUUAGUUCUUGAUCAAUUACGAUGUAAUGGAGUACUCGAAGGUAUUCGUAUUUGCCGCCAAGGUUUCCCUAACAGAAUACCAUUCCAAGAAUUUCGACAACGUUAUGAAUUGCUUACGCCCAAUGUUAUUCCAAAGCAAUUUAUGGAUGGUAAAAAGGCUUGUGAAAAUAUGAUAAAAACAUUAGAAUUAGAUUCAAAUUUGUAUCGUGUGGGACAAUCUAAAAUAUUUUUCAGGGCUGGAGUUUUGGCCCAUUUGGAAGAAGAAAGAGAUUACAAGAUUACGGAUUUGAUAGUUAAUUUCCAGGCGUUUUGCCGUGGGUUUUUAGCUAGAAAAAAUUACCAAAAACGUUUACAACAAUUAAAUGCAAUACGUAUCAUACAAAGAAAUUGUUCGGCUUAUUUAAAACUUAAAAAUUGGCAAUGGUGGAGGUUGUACACGAAAGUAAAACCUUUAUUAGAAGUUACCAAACAAGAAGAGAAACUCACUCAAAAGGAAGAUGAAUUGAGACAGGUUCGGGAGAAUUUGGAAACUCAAUUGAAAUCGGCUUUAGAAUACGAAACUAAAUACAAAGCUGCUGUUGAAGAGAAAAUUCAACUUCAAGAACAGCUUCAAGCCGAAGUUGAACUUUGUGCAGAAGCUGAAGAAAUGCGAGUUCGUUUAGCCGCACGUAAACAAGAAUUAGAAGAAAUUCUUCACGACUUGGAAGCAAGAAUAGAAGAAGAAGAAGAAAGAUCCAACUCGCUUUCGGCCGAAAAGAAAAAAUUACAAAUUAAUAUUCAAGAUUUAGAAGAACAAUUGGAAGAAGAAGAAGCAGCCAGGCAAAAGAUACAAUUAGAAAAAGUUCAAUGUGAUGCUAAAAUUAAAAAGUUGGAAGAAGAAUUGGCUUUGUCGGAAGACACUAAUCAAAAAUUAACAAAAGAGAAAAAAAUAUUGGAAGAGCGUGCUGCCGAUUUAGCUCAGGCUUUGGCCGAAGAAGAAGAAAAAGCUAAACAUUUGGCCAAAUUGAAAACGAAACAUGAGGCCACCAUUGCUGAUUUGGAAGAAAAACUACUCAAGGAUAACACGCAAAGACAAGAAAUGGAUAGAAACAAGCGUAGAAUUGAAGCCGAGGUUUCGGAUUUGAAAGAACAAUUAAACGAAAGGAAAACUCAGGUGGAAGAAUUGCAAUUGCAAUUGGGAAAACGUGAAGAGGAAUUAUCGCUUGCAUUGAUGAAAAUCGAUGAGGAAGGAGCUGGUAAAGCUCAAGUUCAAAAAGCUAUACGGGAAUUAGAAAGCCAAGUGGCAGAAUUGCAAGAAGAUUUGGAAGCUGAAAAAGCUGCCAGAAGUAAAGCAGAAAAACAAAAAAGAGAUUUGAACGAAGAAUUGGAAGCCCUUAAAAACGAAUUGUUAGAUUCUUUGGAUUCAACGGCUGCACAGCAAGAACUUCGAAGCAAGAGAGAGCAGGAAUUGGCCACUUUAAAGAAAACAUUAGAAGAAGAAACUCAAUCUCAUGAAGAAUCACUGACCGAAAUGAGACAUAAGCAUUCCCAAGAAGUGGCCUUACUUAACGAACAAUUAGAACAAAUUAAAAAGAUAAAAGCAGGUUUAGAAAAAGCUAAAAGUACUUUAGAAGCUGAAAGUGCCGAUUUAGCUUCAGAAUUACGUGCUGCAACAAAUGCAAAACAAGAAUCCGAUCGUCGAAGAAAACAGGCUGAACAACAAUUGGCCGAACUUCAGAGUAAAAUGGGCGAAAAUGAUAGAUUAAGAAGUGAGCUUGCAGAAAAAGCAGCGAAACUUCAACAAGAAAGUGACAGUAUUACCGCUCAGUUGGAAGAAGCCGAAUUGAGAGCUUCUACUGCUGUUAAAGCUGCUGCUACGAUGGAAACGCAGUUGGUCGAAGCUCAGGCUUUGUUAGAAGAAGAAACGCGUCAGAAAUUAGCUUUGAGUUCAAAAUUGCGACAAGUCGAAAGUGAAAUAUCCGCACUCAAGGAACAACUGGAAGAAGAAGAAGAGAGCAAAAAGAAUUUGGAAAAACAAUUUGUUGCAUUAAAUUUGCAAGCAACGGAACUAAAGAAAAAGGCAGAUGAUGAAGCGGAAUUAGUUGCACAGUUGGAAGAAAUCAAGAAGAAGCAAAUCAAAGAUAUCGAAAGCCUUCAAAGACAAGUGGAAGAGUACAAAACGGCAAACGACAAAUUGGAUAAAUCUAAGAAAAAGUUGCAAGCAGAAUUGGAAGAUCUUAACAUUGAUUUGGAAGCGCAAAGAGCAAAAGUAUUAGAACUCGAGAAGAAACAAAGAAACUUUGAUAAGAUUUUGGCCGAAGAAAAGGUUGUUUCCGAACAAAUCGCUCAAGAAAGAGAUGCCGCAGAACGAGAGGCUCGUGAAAAAGAAACAAAAGUAUUAUCAUUAACUAGAGAAUUAGACGAAUUGAGUCAAAAAGUUGAGGAGUUGGAAAGGGGUCGCCGAGCUUUACAAGCAGAAUUAGAUGAAUUGGUUAACAAUCAAGGAACGGCCGACAAGAAUGUACACGAAUUAGAAAAAGCCAAACGAGCUUUGGAAACUCAAUUGGCCGAAGCCAAAACUCAAAACGAGGAAUUAGAAGACGAGUUACAAUUGUCCGAAGAUGCCAAAUUAAGAUUGGAAGUCAACAUGCAAGCUUUGAGAGCUCAGUGCGAACGAGAUCUUCAGGCGAAAGAAGAGCAAGCCGAAGAAAAAAGAAGAGGAUUAAUUAAACAGCUCAGAGAUAUAGAAGCUGAAUUGGAAGACGAAAGGAAGCAACGCACCGCCGCGCUAGCUUCUAAAAAGAAAUUGGAAGCGGAUUAUAAAGAUCUUGAACAACAAUUAGAAAUGCACAAUAAGAUUAAGGAGGAUGCGUUGAAACAACUUAAAAAAUUACAGGUUCAAGUUAAAGACUCUACCAGAGACGCGGAAGAAGCUCGGGCUGCGAGAGAAGAAAUGGCAGCGGCAGCCAAGGAAAAUGAAAGAAAAUUAAAGAACUUGGAAGCGGAUUUAUUACAAUUGACGGAAGAUUUGGCUAGUGUGGAGAGGCAAAGAAGAGCAGCAGAGGCCGAAAGAGAUGAACUUCAAGAAGAAAUCAACAAUAAUGCCAACAAAGGAACUUUGUUGGUCGAUGAAAAGAGAAGGUUGGAAACUCGCAUUGCUACAUUAGAAGAAGAAUUGGAAGAAGAACAAAGCAACGCCGAAGUACUUACUGAUAGAGCAAGAAAAGCUCAAAUCAUGAUUGAGCAACUUACUACUGAUCUUGGAAAUGAACGUGCCACAACUCAACGAUUAGAAAGUAAUCGUAUGCUUCUCGAAAGGCAAAACAAAGAACUCAAAGCGAAAUUAACGGAAUUGGAAACCAAUCAGAGGACAAAAACAAAAGCCACGAUAGCAGCGUUGGAAUCGAAAAUUUUAACUUUGGAAGAGCAAUUGGAAGCCGAGGCCAAAGAAAGAUUCGCACAACAGAAAACAAACAGGAAAAUGGAUAAAAAAUUAAAAGAAUUGCUUUUGCAAUUGGAAGAUGAGAGAAGGCACGCGGAUCAAUAUAAAGAACAAGUUGAAAAAGUGAAUGCUCGUAUAAAAGGUCUCAAAAGGCAAAUCGAUGAAGCCGAAGAAGAAAUAUCGAGGGAAAAAGCACAAAAGAGAAAAGCUCAAAGAGAAUACGAGGACAUGGUUGAAUCUCACGAAGCCAUGUUGAGAGAAAUUAGUAACUUAAAAAAUAAAUUAAGGAGAGGAGGUGGUAGUUUAGCUAUAGGAUCGAGAAUGUCAUCGUCAAAAAGAGGAUCCAUUCCGACAACCGGAAGUGGUGAAGAUUCAGCAACUCAAGACGAUUCAUUGGACGGAGAGGAACAAUUAAAUUAA